UACUGCACGGCUCCUGCAUCUCUUUGCCGCUCCGAGCUGGAAAUGCAACUGUUAGGAGCUUCGGAGGCUGCGGAGCUGGACGCGGAGGCGGCUGGGGAAGUCCGAGCGAUGUGACCAGGCCGCCGUCGCUCGUCUCCUCCUCUCGCCUGCCGCCUCCUGUCGUGAAAAUAACUUUUUUACUAUAAAGGAGAAAAAAAGUAGCUGUCCGCCCCUCCCGCCCUCUCUUCCUCUCAGCCCUCUGACCUGCGAGGGAGCCCGGGGUGGCCGCUCCGUCGUCGGGGCCGCGCCGCCGAGCCCCGGCCGCCCCGGGCCGCCCCCGCCCGCCGCCCCCAUGCAUCCCUUCUACACCCGGGCCGCCACCAUGAUAGGCGAGAUCGCCGCCGCCGUGUCCUUCAUCUCCAAGUUCCUCCGCACCAAGGGGCUCACGAGCGAGCGACAGCUGCAGACCUUCAGCCAGAGCCUGCAGGAGCUGCUGGCAGAACAUUAUAAACAUCACUGGUUCCCAGAAAAGCCGUGCAAGGGAUCAGGUUACCGUUGUAUUCGCAUCAACCAUAAAAUGGAUCCUCUGAUUGGACAGGCGGCACAGCGGAUUGGACUGAGCAGUCAGGAGCUGUUCAGGCUUCUCCCAAGUGAACUCACUCUCUGGGUUGACCCCUACGAAGUGUCCUACAGAAUUGGAGAGGAUGGUUCCAUCUGUGUGCUGUACGAAGCCUCACCAGCAGGAGGUAGCACUCAAAACAGCAGCAGCGUGCAAAUGGUAGACAGCAGAAUCAGCUGUAAGGAGGAACUUCUCUUGGGCAGAACAAGCCCUUCCAAAAACUACAAUAUGAUGACUGUAUCAGGUUAAGAUAUAGUCUAUGGAUGGAUCAUCUUAUAAUGGAUGGAUAAAUUUGAUUUUUGCUUUGGGUGGGCUCCUCUUGGGGAUGGAUUAUGGAAUUUAAACCAUGUCACAGCUGUGAAGAUCUGGCACAAGAUAGAGUGGUAAAAAAAAAAAUUUUUUUAAGUGACAGUGCCAUAGUUUGGACAGUACCUUUCAAUGAUUUAAUAGCCUGUGAGUCCAAGUAAAUGAUCACUUUAUUUGCUAGGGAGUGAAGUCCUAGGGUGGUUUCAGUUUCUCCCAGAUGUUAAACCUAAAUUUUUUCCAUCAAUCCCUUUAAGGCAAAUCUGUAUUUCAAAGAACCUUUCUCUGCAGUAGACCUUGCGGAGGAAAUUUGCACUAUUACACUUGAAAAUGGUUAACUUUUUUGGCAGCUGACUAGGAAAGCUCAACAUUUGAAACAUGGUAGUACUGGAAAUUUUGACAAGACUUUUACCUAGCACUUAAAUUUGUAUAAAUGUACAUAAGACAAACCUAGUAAGCAUGACCUGGGGAAAUGGUCAGACCUUGUAUUGUGUUUUUGGCCUUGAGAGUAGCAAGUGACCAGAAUCUGCCGUGGCAACAGGCUUUAAAAAGACCCUUAAAAAGACACUGUCUCAACUGUGGUGUUAGCACCAGCCAGCUCUCUGUACAUUUGCUAGCUUGUAGUUUUCUAAGACUGAGUAAACUUCUUAUUUUUAGAAAGUGGAGGUCUGGUUUGUAACUUUCCUUGUACUUAAUUGGGUAAAAGUCUUUUCCACAAACCACCAUCUAUUUUGUGAACUUUGUUAGUCAUCUUUUAUUUGGUAAAUUAUGAACUGGUGUAAAUUUGUACAGUUCAUGUAUAUUGAUUGUGGCAAAGUUGUACAGAUUUCUAUAUUUUGGAUGAGAAAUUUUUCUUCUCUCUAUAAUAAAUUGUUUCUUAUCUUGGCAUUUUAA